AUGGUUCCCGGAAUCGCGGCGUCCGCUGAUCCAGUUCUCCAAGCACGGCUCUUUGCCUACCCCAAUGCAGCGCGCUACCGCCUCGGCGUCAACUAUCAACAACUUCCUACAAACGCAGCGAAGAUGCAAGUCUACUGUCCUUUUGAGCGUGACGGAGCCAUGCGGUUUGAUGAGAACUAUGGCAGCGACCCCAACUAUGUCAGAUCCUCCAUUAAGCCCACGAGAUUUUAUCAGGAGCAGAAGGGAGGUGGCGCUUCAGCACUGGCCCUAAACACCGAGCACGAAAAGUGGGUGGGAGAGGUCUCCGCCUACACCAGUGAGAUCACGGACGACGAUUUCGUGCAACCCGCAGCGUUGUGGGAUAUCAUUGGCCGCGAGGCCGGUCACCAGGACAGGAUCAUUGAAAACCUUGUCAGCAGCAUCAAGGAUAUUACAUAUCCUGAGUUGCGCAAGGCUGUAUACAGUAAGCUGCCGGAGGCACCAAAGGAAUGUCUUCCGCGACUUAGUCUACUAAGGAAGACAGCUAACAUCAAGGGUAGGCCUUUUCGGCCGUGUCAACCAUGA